GUGCGACCUGCCAGUUGAGACCCAAGGCCCCGAAAGCUUCCAAAUUUAUCGACGAUGAAAGCAGGCGUUUCGGGGCUUCGUUUCAUUUUUUAAACCGCGUGAUCGUCUUCCUCACCAUGAUUAUAGAGAAUGUUGAUGCUCUCAAGUCGUGGCUGGCAAAACUUCUGGAGCCAAUAUGUGAUGCUGACCCCUCUGCGUUAGCCAAUUACGUUGUGGCUCUGGUGAAGAAGGACAAACCAGAGAAGGAGCUCAAAGCGCUGUGUGCCGAUCAGCUCGACGUCUUCCUACAAAAAGAGACUGUCGGCUUCGUGGAUAAACUUUUUGAAUGUCUGACAAGCAAGAACUACCAGGGGAACCCGAUUGCUAAAGAAGCUCCAAAAGAAGUGGUUAACGUUCCUCCAGCUAAAUCAGAUGCAGCCGAAAUUGAAGCUCCAGAAGAGGAGAGAGAAAACCGACGCAGGAGAAGUCCUCUGAGGAACCGCUCUGACUUCAAUGAAUCCAGGAGUCGCGACGACAGGAGGCGGGACGAGCGCAAGAGGCGGGACUUUGAUCGUCACGGCAAGAGCGGCGGCGAUUCGCACCGCGAGCGGGAGCGCCACGAGCGGCGCAGGGGGAAUUCUCGUGGGAGGAGCAACAGCCGAAGCCGGAGCAGGAGUGGCAGCCGGGGGAAGAGCAGGGGACGAGACUUCAAGUCAAAAUUCGAGCUUGAGAGGAAGGACGCCGACAGCUACAACUCGUCCGCCACGGGCAGGCCCCAGCAGCCUCCUCAGCUCCCGUCGCCGCUCUUGCCCACCCCGCUUCACCCGUUCUCAUCCACCGCCGGCGGCCCGGGACCCGGCGGCGUCCCCUUGGCGACGCACGCGCACAUGCCCGACGGCACUACGGACAGCUGGUCCGGCUACUAUGGCAAAGGCAGGCAAGACGGCGUCGGCAAGCCGUUCAGCAAUAAGAACCCUUCACGCAAGCAGCGGUGCAGGGAUUACGACGAGAAAGGAUUUUGCGUCCGCGGCGACCUGUGCCCGUUUGACCACGGCAACGACCCUCUCAUCGUGGAUGACGUCAGUCUUCCCAACAUCAUCCCGUUCCCGCCGCCCCCUGUGAUACCCCCCGGCGGCCUGCCCAUGCCGCCGCCCAUCACCGAGCCUCCCCCAUCACUCAGGAUACCACCGCCACCAAUGCCGCCCUACAGCCAGCCGCCGCCCCCUGGCGUCUUCUCGUUAGCUGGACCCCCUCCACUGAUCGCAACCAGUGGAAUGGAAACCCCCAACCACCAGUCGGCGAUCACGUCAUCGCCUUCAGUCGGGCCGCCCGGCGCGAGGCUACCGCCUCCUCUUCCUCUUCCUCUACCGCCUCCUCCCUCGUCGGUGUCGCUCCGUCCCCAAUAUAUCCAGUCUGAAUAUAACUACGAUGCGGAGGGCUACAACCCGGAAUCGCCGGGGCUAACUGGAGCAGGUCGGAACCAGUAUCGUCAAUUCAUUCCCCGAGUCCAGACGCAGCGGCCCAACCUCAUCGGCCUCACAUCCAGUGAGGGACAAGGCUCCAGAGCCGCCAAUAUAGUGAUCCAAACGGAACCGGCCACUCCCACCAGCACACCAGGAAGCAACAUGUCCAGUUUCAACUCAGAGCUGCACAAUAGGAAGAGACCCAUGGGCUCUAUGACACCUGAGGGACCCACGGCUAAAAGGCCCUGGAUGCUCAAGCCAAACUUCAACAACAAAGGCGGCUUCCCGAAGAGGAACUUCUACGUGAACACUAAGCUGGAGGUGUGGAAUAUCCCGCCGGAGCUCAACACCAUCACCAAGCUCAAUGAGCACUUCAGCAAGUUCGGGACCAUCGUGAACAUUCAGGUGGUGUUUGGCGGCAACCCAGAGGCGGCGCUGAUCCAAUUCACAUCCAACGAAGAAGCUCGCCGGGCCAUGUACUGCGUGGAAGCGGUUCUCAACAACCGCUUCAUUAACAUGCGCUGGCAUCGCAAGCCCAACAUGCUGGGGACUCACCAGAUGGAUCAAGGCGCUAGCAACCAGGUGCCCGGGUCCACUUCCAACCUCGGGCCGCAGGGGAUCAAGCAGCACAAUCCGGCCGCGUACGUGCUGAACAAGCAUCGGCCGCCGGCGCCAGUCGGCACGACAAGCGCACCUGACAACGUGAACCCCAAUGCGGAAGCUGUCAAUGUGGCGCCGGUGCUGCCAAACACCCAGAAGGGCCCCUACACUUCCGCCCCGCUCAAGCCGUCCUCCAAGUGCCUUGGGAAAACGGCGAAAGCACUGGAAGCACAGGAAGCCCUGAAGAAGAAACAGGAGGCAUUAAAACUACAGCAUGACUUGCGGAAGAAGAAGCAAGAAAUGUUAAAGACGCAGAUUGAGUGGCAGAAGGCGCUGAUUAACCGUCUGGAGAAGAACCGGGGGAUGAAACCAGAGGAACGAGCCAACAUCAUGAAGACACUGAAGGAACUGACUGAAAAGAUUGCCCAGCUCCAGAAUGAAAUGAAUCCGGCCUCUCAGGUCUCUAAAGCCAAUCACUCCCAGCCCAAGACCAAGACUGAUGCCCAGAAGGAGCUGCUGGAUGCUGAGUUGGACUUCCAUAAGAAGAUGAACUCUGGAGAAGACACGACAGAUCUCAAGAGAAGACUAGGCCAGCUGCAGAAGGAGGCAACACAAUUGGGCAUCCUGCGAUCCCCGACGUGUCGAGGCCGGGGCAAGGUGCUGCCGGAAGGGGGCGCCAUACGUCCGAGGGGCCGCAGCGGUUCCGUCAACCGCAUGGUGGUGGACCACCGGCCCAGGGCCCUGUUUAUCAUGGGGGUCACCCAGGAGGAGAAGGAGGAGCUCACGUCACACUUUGUGAAAUUCGGUGAUCUGGAGGAACUCCGUGACCAGGAUGCGACCAGCGUCGUCAUGACUUUCAAGACUCGGAGCGAAGCCGAGAACGCAGCAAACCAGGGAGCCAAGUUCAAAGGUCGCGUUUUGCAGAUUUCCUGGUACAAGCCUAAGACGCCCUCUGUCACGACCGAGCCCGAGGAGGAGGAGCCCAAAGACGACGACAAUACGCAGAAGGAAGGUCGCUCCUAUCUGCCUGGCGAGGAGGAAGAAGAGGAAGAGGACGACGAUGAAGACGACAAGUACGAAAGCAGAUCUUGGAGACGAUGAAGUAAAUCGCCAGUUCAAAGAACCGGAAAAAAACCCAGUACUCUCUUGUUUUUUUUUUUCUCCCCCAGUAUUUUCAACAGUCAUUUUAAGACUACCAUUUGGUUUUUUGAGGAGUCCCUCCACUCAACAAAAUAAUCUCACUUUUGCUGAGAAAGACGAAGGUUUGGUUCUUGGAGAUAGUUUAAGUGUGCUUACUUUAACUGUCAGUAAUGCGCAACCUUUGCAUCUACUGUGAAAAGCUAUUUUUAUACAUGACUGUAUUUAAGAUUUUCGGGGCGGUGGACAUUAUGGUCUCCGUUUAAAGACCACAUUUCAUUUAUUCUUCUAACUCUUACCUGCUUCUUUAUUUGGAUGAUCCAGAUGCUCCCAUUCAAGUCACUUUUGCACUCCAAGGUGUACUGCAUGGAUAGCUCACCCCAAAAUAUAUUCGGAAAUUCUACAAAAAAAAAAAAAAUCACCCACAGAUGUUCAUGGAAUAUAUUUUCACUAUUUUCUAAAUUUAGGUGAACUAUGGAGGACUUUAUUAAACCUAAUUGGACCACCGUGUACUCAUUUUUUUUAUGUUCCCCAACCUCUUUCUCAAACAAAGUAAAAGAAUGACCUAAUCAUACAUAAAUAUAUAGACAGAUGUUUGAAUGUAAAAAAACCUUGAUUUUAUUAUAUAUAUGAGAGAGAGAGAAAAUAAGAGUUUCUUUGCCUUAGACCUGUCGACAUUCAAUGGAUUUUUUUUUUUUUACAAGAUUUGUGAUUUAGUUUUUUUUGUGUGUGUGUAAAUUUUGUACAUUUGCUUAAAAUUGAUUCAUGUUGAUUUUUUUCUUUUUUUUGGAUUUAGUUUCGUUAUUUUAAUAUAAUUUAAUAUACAGUUGUCCCAAUUCAUUAAAUAUGUCCCCCUUGGAGGAUUCCUAGUUUCCUCUUUUACUGUAUCGAAAUUCUGUUGUAAUUUGCAUAGUAAUGUGAACAAGUUUACAAACUUGAUUUCAUUUAUUUUAUUUUUUUGGGGCAGUAAAAACAUUCAACCAAAAGAAUAUUUAUAUAACUUUUCAUGCAUGUAAAUACACUCACUGUCCUUUGGAAGUCAUCCUCGCACCUUGAUUAUUCUCUUUCUCUCACUUCUCUAAUCUGUUCCCUAUUGGUUUUAAAAAGGACAAAGUUACUGGGUUCUUGUAUAUUUAGACAAAUUUCUCUCUAUCCCACUUUUUUGUACUUGUGUGUGUGCUAAUACACCGUAGUGUAAAAAAAUGUAAGUUUAUCGGAUAAUAGUUUUGGAUUUGUUACUGUUUAUGAUGUAUUUUCUUCAUGUCAUUUUGUUUGUAAAAAGAUGAAUUUCUAAUUUACAAGCAUGUUUGCUUUUGCCAAUAAAGACGAAGGAAUGGGCUGCUUGCGAGGGGAAAAAAAGGAAAUGAAAAGAGAAAAGAAAAUAUACAAUUUGAUCUUGGGC